AUGGCCUCAACUGCACCCACUGGCGACAGCAAGCCAAAAUUCACGCUUCACUGGCUUGAAGUUUCUCGCUCGCAUCGGAUCCUCUGGCUGUUUGAAGAGCUUGGGAUUCCAUACGAAUUGAAAACGUACAAGCGCACCAAUGAAGGGCUGGCUCCCCCAGAGCUGCACAAUGUACACCCCUUGGGCAAGUCCCCAGUAGUCGAGGUCGAAGUACCGGGUGCAGACAAGCCUAUCGUACUUGCCGAGUCCGCUGCGAUCACCGAGUACCUUUGUGACUACUAUGGAAAGCAGUUGGUCCCCAAACGGUACCCUGAGGGCAAGGAUGGCCAAAUUGGAUGCGAGACCGAAUCCUGGUUGAGAUACCGCAUGCUCAUGCAUUAUGCCGAGGGCAGUAUCAUGCCACUGAUGUUAAUGUCAUUGAUAACCCAAAGAAUUCGGAACUCACCCGUGCCCUUCUUCAUCAAGCCCAUUGUGAAUGGGGUUGCAGGCAAAAUAGAUUCCUCGUUCCUGCAGCGAAACUUCAAGAUUCAUUAUGAUUUCUUGGAAGGCCAGCUGGCAACUUCUCCAGAUGGCGGGGACUUCAUGUGCGGCAAAGACAUCAGCGCCGCCGACAUCAUGUUGUCAUUUCCUCUCGAAGCGGGCACGAGCCGUUCCGGGUUUUCUAGGGAACAAUAUCCCAAAGUUUGGGCAUAUGUCGACCGUCUCCAUGAGCGAGAAGCGUACCAGCGCUCGGUCCAGAAGAUCAUUGAGAUCGAGGGCGCCUUCAAGACAUCCAUGUGA